GAGGAGCAUGUUCUCGAUCUACAGGAUCUAGUUGGAAUAGACCCAGAUAUAGCUAAUACAGUUACUCAUCUUCAGGGUAUAGUUGCGAAGAAACAGAAGCUAGAGAAUGAUGAGAAGUUAACUGUUGCUGAACGUAAAGAAGAGAUUUCACAACUAACAAUGGAUGGUUGCCCCAUAGAAGAUUUAGGAUUGGAUUUCACCUUGCCUGGAUACCCUAAUAUAGAGCUGAGGAAAGGAGGCCGGGAUAUAAAUGUAUCCCUGGAUAAUCUGGCUCAGUAUAUCUCCCUGGUCUCUCAGUGGAUGCUCCUUGAGGGGGUCUCCACACAGAUGGAGAGUCUCAGGGAAGGGUUUAGCUCUGUGUUCCCUAUCUCAAGUCUGCAAAUGUUUUAUCCAGAUGAGCUGGAUCAGAUAUUCUGUGGUUCUGUAGGACGUGGAUAUGUACGCUGGGAGUUUAAGGUGUUGAUGGAUGCCUGUAAGCCAGAUCAUGGUUAUACAUACGAGUCCCCAGCCAUCAUUAACCUCUUCCAGAUUUUGUCUGAGUUCAACCAGGAGGAUCAGAGAGCAUUCCUUCAGUUUGUUACAGGGUGUCCCAGGUAAACAAAACAUUUUUCAAAUUUGAUUAUUGUUUUACCUCAAAAACAACCAUGAUGGUCUGUAACUCUCGGUGUUUUACAUUUUUUUCACCCAUAUAUCUUACCGGAGGCCCCAUCUUAUUGACUUAUUAAUUGUACUUAAGGGGACUGAAAAUGUAAUUUAAAGUGAAAUACCGUCUGUAGAGUGACGGGUCCCUCGGGUCCGAUUCAAAACCGUUCCCAUUAAAACAUUGACUGAUCAAGGGUGACGGAAGAAAUAUUAAUAUUUACAUUCCAGAAGUCACAGAAAU